GUCGUCAGCAGAAUUGGAAAUAGGGCGUAAUCCGAUUCCCGAUGAUCGAUCACAUGCGGAACUCUUGAUUACUCUUCAACUCGGUCCUUAAUACUUUUCAACUCGAUCUUUGUAUUUAUGCUUAUCGAUUCAUAGCGUACAAAUUUCUGUAUUUCUUUGCGUCGAGAUUAAGCCCUCAACCAAUCGUAUUCGAGAAGUCAUCUGAAUCAUUUUCAAGUGCCAUGGGAUCAUUGAAGCAAGAAGAUGAAUUGCGGGCGACGGAGGAAGAAUCCAAGGAAGCAAUUUUGUAUGUUAACGGAGCCCGUCGAGUUCUACCUGAUGGGUUGGCUCAUAUCACUCUUCUCGAGUAUCUUAGAGAUAUAGGUCUGACAGGGACGAAGCUAGGUUGUGGCGAAGGUGGUUGCGGGGCCUGUACUGUGAUGGUUUCUUUUUUCGAUCAAAACUUGAAGAAGUGUGCGCAUUAUGCUAUCAAUGCAUGCUUGGCUCCUUUAUAUUCUGUGGAAGGGUCACAUAUAAUUACAGUUGAAGGAGUUGGGAACCAUAGGCAUGGCUUACAUCCAGUUCAGGAAACUUUAGCACAAUCUCAUGGCUCACAGUGUGGAUUUUGUACUCCUGGUUUUAUUAUGUCAAUGUAUGCACUGCUAAGGUCCAGUCAAAAACCACCUACCUUAGAGCAGAUUGAAGAAAGCCUUGCAGGAAACUUGUGCCGAUGCACUGGUUACAGAUCAAUUGCUGAUGCAUUUCGAGUCUUUGCUAAAACAGAUGAUAUACCAUACACUGAUGCAUCUCUAAAUAGCAAUCGAAGCGGUGAGUUUGUUUGCCCUUCAACUGGUAAACCAUGCUCAUGUGGCGUGGAACCUGUUCGCAAAGAAAAUGCUGUUGAACAAAAAAGAGUAUGCAAUUACAGGUAUGAGUCUAUCUCAUACAGCGAGAUUGAUGGAAGAACAUACACAGAUAAAGAGUUCAUUUUUCCUCCUGAGCUGCUGUUGAGGAAAUUGACAUAUCUAAAUUUGAGUGGAUCUGAUGGGCUCAAGUGGUAUCGACCUUUGCGACUUCAACAGGUUUUAGAUUUAAAAGCAAAGUACCCUGAUGCAAAGUUGGUAGUAGGUAAUACUGAGAUAGGAAUUGAAAUGAGGUUAAAAGGACUUCAAUAUCAAGUCUUGAUCUGUGUGGCUCAUGUGCCUGAACUAAAUAAAUUGAGUGUGAAGGAUGAUGGUUUGGAGAUAGGUGCUGCAGUAAGAUUAUCUGAACUUCUUAAAGUCUUUAGAGAGGUAGCCAAAGAACAACCUGCACAUAAGACUUCUUCCUGCAAGGCCUUCAUUGAGCAGAUCAAAUGGUUUGCUGGUACACAGAUAAAAAAUGUUGCAUCCGUUGGUGGGAACAUCUGUACAGCCAGUCCAAUUUCAGACUUGAACCCUCUGUGGAUGGCUACAGGAGCAAAAUUUCAAAUUAUUGAUUGCAAAGGAAACAUGAGAACAACUGUUGCAGAAAAUUUCUUCCUUGGUUAUCGUAAAGUCAAUCUGGCAUCUAAUGAAAUUUUACUCUCAGUUCUUUUACCCUGGACAAGGCCAUUCGAAUUUGUGAAAGAAUUUAAGCAGGCUCAUCGAAGGGAUGAUGAUAUAGCUAUAGUAAAUGCUGGAAUCCGUGUUUGUCUUGAAGAAAAGUAUAAAGAAUGGGUGGUUUCAGAUGCAUCAAUUGUGUAUGGUGGUGUUGCUCCUCUUUCUCUUUCUGCUGUAAGAACAAAGAAUUUUAUUCUUUCCAAGACUUGGAACAAUGAACUUUUAAAUGGUGCUUUGGAAGUAUUGGAAAAAGACAUUUUACUUAAGGAUGAUGCGCCUGGCGGCAUGGUGGAGUUUAGGAGAUCAUUAACUAAAAGUUUUUUCUUCAAAUUUUUCCUCUGGGUUUCUCAUCAAAUGGAAGGGAAGUUAUCCUUAACAGAGCCUGUCCCUUUGUCUCAUCUGUCAGCUGUGCAAUCUUUUCAGCGACCAUGUGUUGUGGGAACCCAGGACUAUGAAAUUGUAAAACUAGGCACAGCUGUGGGUUCUCCGGAGGUUCAUCUGUCAUCAAGACUUCAGGUUACUGGUGAGGCAGAAUACACUGAUGACACAACAAUGCCUCCUAAUGGUUUACAUGGUGCUCUAAUAUUAAGUCGAAAACCUCAUGCUCGUAUACUUUCCAUAGAUGAUUCAGGAGUAAAGUGUUCGCCAGGAUUUGCCGGAAUUUUUUUUGCUAAGGAUGUUCCAGGUGAUAAUUUUAUUGGGCCAGUUAUUUCUGAUGAGGAACUUUUUGCUACAGAAUUUGUCACAUGUGUGGGACAGGUUAUCGGUGUGGUUGUUGCUGACACCCAUCUACAUGCAAAACAAGCAGCACGAAAGGUUCAUGUGGAGUAUGAAGAUCUCCCAGCAAUCCUAUCAAUACAAGAUGCCCUGAAAUCUCACAGUUUCCAUCCAAAUACAGAGAAGCAUUUAGAGAAAGGAGAUGUGGAUCUCUGUUUCCAGUCAGGUCAGUGUGACAGAAUCAUUGAGGGGGAGGUUCAAGUAGGAGGUCAGGAACACUUUUAUUUGGAGCCUCAAAGCAGUUUAGUGUGGACUAUGGAUGGUGGCAAUGAGGUUCAUAUGGUUUCAUCCACACAAGCACCUCAAAAACACCAAAAGUAUGUUUCACAUGUUCUUGGCCUUCCCAUGUCAAAAGUAGUUUGCAAAACAAAACGUAUUGGUGGUGGAUUUGGUGGAAAAGAAACGAGGUCAGCUUUCCUGGCUGCUGCGGCUUCAGUUCCUGCAUACCUGCUUAAGCAACCUGUCAAAAUAACAUUAGACAGGGAUGUAGAUAUGAUGAUAACUGGGCAGCGACAUAGCUUUCUUGGGAAGUACAAGGUUGGAUUUAAGAAUGAUGGAAAAGUACUUGCUCUUGAUCUUGAAAUCUAUAACAAUGCUGGAAAUUCACUCGAUCUGUCUCUUGCUAUACUUGACCGUGCAAUGCUGCACUCUGACAAUGUAUAUGAAAUCCCAAAUGUUAAGAUAAAGGGAAGGGUUUGCUUCACUAAUUUCCCCAGCAACACUGCCUUCCGAGGAUUUGGUGGUCCUCAAGGUAUGCUUAUUACAGAAAAUUGGAUUCAAAGAAUUGCAAUGGAACUUAGAAAAACUCCAGAAGAGAUUAGGGAAACAAAUUUUCUGAUGGACGGUUCAGUAUUGCAUUUCGGUCAACAAAUUGAGCACUGUACCUUACAGAGGCUCUGGAAUGAGCUGAAAUCAUCAUGUGGUUUUCUGAAGGCCCGUGGAGAAGUUGAACAGUUUAAUUUUCAUAAUCGGUGGAAGAAACAUGGGGUGGCAAUGGUCCCAACCAAAUUUGGAAUUUCUUUUACAACCAAAUUCAUGAACCAGGCAGGUGCUCUUGUGCAAGUUUAUACUGAUGGAACUGUGUUAGUUACACAUGGGGGUGUAGAGAUGGGGCAAGGUUUGCACACAAAAAUUGCUCAGAUUGCUGCUUCUUCCUUCAACAUUCCUAUCAGUUCUGUGUUCAUAUCAGAGACAAGUACUGAUAAGGUUCCAAAUGCAUCUCCAACAGCAGCAUCUGCAAGCUCCGAUAUGUAUGGUGCAGCAGUGCUGGAUGCUUGUGAGCAAAUAAAAGCACGGAUGACACCUAUUUCCUCAAAGCAUAAUUUUAGUUCUUUUGCAGAGCUGGCAACUGCAUGUUAUGUGGAGCGAAUUGAUCUAUCUGCUCAUGGAUUCUAUGCAACACCUGAUAUUGGCUUUGACUUGAAGACGGGUAAAGGGAAGCCAUUCAAUUACUUCACCUAUGGUGCUGCAUUUGCUGAGGUUGAAGUUGACACACUGACUGGAGAUUUCCACACAAGGGCAGCAAAUAUUUUCCUGGAUCUUGGACAUUCACUCAAUCCAGCUAUUGAUGUUGGACAGAUUGAAGGAGCAUUUAUACAAGGGUUAGGAUGGUUAGCAUUGGAAGAGCUUAAAUGGGGUGAUGCAGCCCACAAGUGGAUCCAACCUGGAUUUUUGUAUACAUCUGGGCCUGGAAAUUAUAAAAUUCCUUCCCUGAAUGACAUUCCCUUCAAAUUCAGUGUUUCACUUCUAAAGGUAUUCAAUUGAAUCCUCAGCAUGAUGGCCCUUCUACUCAUUUAUCCUCAAGUCAGCCAAGUGUAACAAAAGGGAUACUUCGUGUGCUCCUCUUACCCACACUGGUGCACUUGAACACUGAAAUCCUAUUUCCUCUUUUGAGAGGCAGAAGGCAUCCCAUAGGUGGUAAUAAUUGAUGCGAGUAAUAAAAAGGUUAGUUGUGUGCUCCUCUUCUACCAACCCUGGUGCUCAUAAAUACUGCAAAGCCUCUUUCCUGUUUCGAGAAACCCAUGCCAUCCCAUAGGUGGUAAUUCUUGUAUGUCUGGAACUAUCUGACAGUUGUGCUUUGGAAGAAGUUGUGGGGGCAUUGACUCAUUGCCAAGCUCACUUGAUAUCUGACAAAGAAGCUUUGUCUCUGUUGAGUAUCGUGAAGCAUCAACACAAAAAUGCUGCCGUUUUGGAACUAGGGAUGGAAGGCCAGGUGGCAACCACACACUAGUUGCUCCAAAACGAUGUUGUUUUGGAGCCCGUGUGCUUAGAUGGCCAAAACGGCAACCUCCCUUGUCGUUCCGAUUUGUGGCACGUUUGAUUCUCCCGUUGCAUUUUUUCGUGUUGCUUGCUACCGUGGAUACCGUUGAUCUGAUCAUCAGGGCCUAUCUCCGCCGUUGCUUUGCCUCAUACCCUAUCUAUUUAUAUCCCUCUAUUCCUCGAGAUUUGAGCAUCAGUCAGGUUGUUAUUUGCUUAAGGGUUUCCUCUCGGUUUCUCUUUGUGCAUGUUCUUCUUCUUCUUCAUUUUUUUUGGUUCCUUAGGUAUGCCUUCUGAUCUGUUCGUGAUCUUUGGGGGUUUUUGUUAGAGGACCAGUGAGUGUACAGUGGGGGUGUAAACAUUCUUCCGAUUAGUGCAGUGAGCUCUUCUUGCCGGAGCUCAACGUAGAUGUAGCCCAAUUUUUUAGGGUGAACUACAGUAAAAUCUUGUUAUGUUCUUUUUUUUUUUAGCUUACUGUUUUUUUAUAUGCGUAUAUGUGUGCUUCCAGCCUUCAAAUAUUUAUUUCAGAUUCAUUUGGUUCUAAGUGUUAGAGGUGGCCGAGCCUAUUGCUCGUCCCAACAGUCUCUGACUAAUCUUUUGAGAUACAUAACAAUUACACAUUGAACUAAUUUUUUAUUUUAAUGACUUUGUAGCUGCUGAAAAAGAAUGUAUCGCUAACAUGUAUUUAUUGGUAGGCGCUAUCAAUUUUUUAGUUGUUGCUGCAUAAUAAAUCCGUUUAUUCUUAACUUCCACGUGCUUGGAUGAGUUGCUGCCACCUGUCAACAAUUUACUGAACUUUAGUGUGGGCCUUAUCGAAAUAAUUUAUAGCAUUUGUUUGAUCACCCAUUUGGAUGGUAAUCUCUCUUCGUAAGUUAUUCAUGACAUCCCAUAUUUGGCCAAUGAAGUUGUUCAAGAGGAGCUUUCUUCUUGUUAGAUAUCUCAGGCAUUUACAUAGGUAAAUGAAAACUACUGUAAUUUAGUUUAUGUCCCCCUUUGUUGAAAAACUUUACUUGAUUACAUAAUGUGUGCCCUCUACUCUACAAGUGGUUAUCCCAGGCCUUGGCCCCCAGUUCGUAAAUGAAUGUGAAAAGAUUCAUUGAGAACUUUUUGUAGAAGGCGAGCCUCUCUAGACACACAAGUUAGGCUCUGCAUAUUUAAGCCUGUCCAGAAGUUGGAUUGGACUACUACGUCGAUCUAGUUCUCUGCCUAUUCCUAAUGCAAAUAGACUACAAUUUCUACAUCUUA